CAAAUUUGAUUAACUAGUACUCUGUCGUUAGCAACGCCUAGAUUCAUCAAACAAAGAGUAACUUUGAUAUUUCCAUUUUAAAAAGGACAUUUGUUUAAGUGAGAGAAGAGAAGGAUAUAAUAGAAAAAUGUCUAAUCCGUUGACAGAGGAACGUUUAAAUAAAAUAAAAGAUAGCGCAGCAUCUUUUCUAGAGUCUUUUGGUGUUGAAUUCACAAAAAGCUAUGCAUUAUCUUUAGUGAUUUCCGCUCAGGAAAAGGUUCAAGUUUACGAAGAAUUAAGAAAGUUAUUAUACAGAGACUUUGGAAGCGUACCAAGAAAGAAUCUAUUCUCCGGUUACGUUUAUAUAAAGGAAGGCGAAGGUCCAGGUUCAUUCUCCGAUAAAUGGCAAAGAUUGUUUGUUGCCGAACAACUCGACUAUAAUUUGGCUAUUUAUAACUCAGAAGAGGAUUUUAAAAAUACUAAGGACAAACCGAAAAAAGUUAUUAGCUUAGCCGGUUAUCAAUUGACAAAGGAGCCGAGAAAAAGUUAUGAGAAGGUGGCGAGAAAGCUAUCAAACUCCUUAGGGUUAGGAGACGACGGCAUACCCAUAAGCUUUUCGCCCUUUAGCUGGGCGUUGACCCAUGAUAUUAGGGACAACUACGUCAUGCAAAUGCAUAAGGGAGCUAGUGCCAAGUUUUGUAGUUGUAUAAGAGGGCCGACGGUUGAGCCUGAGGAUGUUGGAAAAGCGGAAUACGAUAAGGAUGGAAUGAAAUGGAUAACGACCAUCGACAGAUGCGUAAGACGCGUCAAAGCGAGGGAUUUAAAGAGUGUGACUGGUCGGGCUUUUGAUAUGGCUGUUAAGAGGGCCAUUCAAACCAAUUCCGAAUUAAAAGGUUUCAAAACUGAUGGUACUGAAGAGGAAAUUCUUAUGGAUUUACUUGCUGAAUUAUGCGUUAAACCAGUCUUUGAAGAAGCUUGUAAAGAUAUUGAUGCACCUGGAGGAAUGAGAGCUUUUAUAUAUUAUAAAAUGAGAGGAGUAACUUUCCAAGCUUUAAAGAAAAUGCUAGAUGAAGCUUGGUCAGCUCUGAAGCAAACUGUCGAUAAAAUGACCGAAAAAUUAGAGGAAAAGAUAUCUUCAUUAUACAACAAAAUAUCCAAUAUUAAGGAGGAUGGAAAGGCUAAGAUAAGAGGAGCGGUCACUGAUAAAAUAAGUGAAAAAUUGAAUGAAGUCGUUAAACCAGCAGUUAAACCAGUUUUUGAAGUUUUUAAUAAUCCACUUAAACAAGGACUUGUCGAAGUUCGUAAUGUUCUUAAAAGUGAAAUUGGAAAGUUAAAGAAAUUAACUAAUAAUGACCUAGAUAAAAUCCCUAGAAGUAAAACAAAUAUGGCGGGUUUUAAAAAAUUAACUGCAGACACUCUUAAGGCUUUAGAAGCCCUUAAGAAAAAGUUCCCGCUAUUAUUCGAGCACGUGGAAGUUAUGACUUUAAAGCAAUCUAUACAAGAUGUUCUUUACAGAACAGCCGACGCCGUCGUUAAUACUAUCGAAUUAAGAUUGAAAGAUAACGCCGAAGCCAAUUCAGAUCAAUUAUUAAACGACACUCUAAAGGAAUUCGACUACGAUGCUGAAAUAGUACAAGCGCAAUUCUUAGUCAGCGUUAUGCAAUUGGUAUUCGUCGGCGGCUUCAAAAGAAUCGUUAACCCGAUAGUUGAACCGAUUUUGGACACCUUAACCGGUUUUAUACCGGACGAAGUUGAAGAAUUUGUUAGCAUUCAAGCCUUGUACGACGAUUUUAUCGAACUUUUCGUAUCGGAACCAAUACAUUCAGUUGUAUAUCAAGAAUACCCGUCCGCUAAGCCUAGGAGAAAAGGUGAGAAAGCCGCCGAAGAGGAGGCCGUCGGAGAGGAAGCCGCCGAAAAGGAGGCCGCCGGAGAGGAGGCCGUCGGAGAGGAAGCCGCCGAAAAGAAGGCCGUCGGAGAGGAAGCCGCCGAAAAGAAGGCCGUCGGAGAGGAAGCCGCCGAAAAGAAGGCCGUCGGAGAGGAAGCCGCCGAAAAGAAGGCCGCCGGAGAGGAGAAAGAGAUGCCAUUAGAGGAAAUUUAAAUUUUAUAGUAUGAUUCCUCUCUUUGACAUUAAUAAGAUUUGAAAAUUGGUUUCAUCCAACCAAUCCUUCUCUCUCCUUUUUUCUUUCUCUCUAUCUCUUUCUGUUAUAUUUUAUCCCCUCCCCCUUUUUCUAUCUUUUUACCUAUUAUGCUCCUGCCUUCCCCCACCUCUUUCCCCCCCCCCUCACCUACCCCCCGCCGCUCCUGCUCUAUAACGAAACUACAUUAGCAUAGAAUUAAUUGUUAAUUACUAAUUGAUAGCAAUCAGAAUACAAAAAAAAAUCGUUAGACGCUUAAUUUAAAGACGAUCGAAAUAAAUUGAAUAACAACAUAAUAAAACUCUACAUUUUG